ACCUGCACAAAAUUCAAACAAAUAAAUGUCAUCCAAAGUCCGAUGAAGUUUAUGUCUAUUUAUAGUUCAGUCAUUCGGUAGUAUUGAAUCAAUACCACACAAAACAGUCAAACAUUUUUCAUUUAACAAAAUUAAUUCGAUACUAAUUAUAUAUUUUUAUUUAAAACACGUUUCGCGUCACGCUAGGGGAAUAUCACACUCCUGAAUCUUGUGAGAUAUUUGAGAUAUUUGAGAUUUUUUGCAUUAAAUCCAAAUAAAUACAUUUAAAUAUCAUUCAUAAUCACAAAAAUUCACAAUAUUCCGCCAUAUUCACAAAUAUCCACCAUAUUUCAUACGACAGAUUCUUAGAGAUAAAUUGGAUUUUUUUGAAAUAUUUGGAAUAAUUUAAGCGUGAUAUUCCCCUAGGCGUCACGAUAUAAUGAUAUAGGUGAUAUCUCGUUCAUUCGUACAAAAUCAGUUGACCGUUAAAGACGCCAAAUUUAGAAAAAUUCCCAGCGAAAGUUAUUUCAGAAACAUCCAACAAAAAUCAAGGAGUUAUUUUAUUUUACUUUUCAUUUGAAAAAAGAGUUACAAUUUCAAAAUGAAAUGUGUUCAAACACUGCGUUUGUGUUUAUUUGUGUUGUCAGUGAUAACUAUAUCUCGCGCAAGUCCGAUCGUAUUGAAUAAGCAAUCAAAAUCAGUGGAUAGUGCUCAAAAUGCUUCGUCGAGCAUAUUUAUACAGAAUCCAUCGACAUCAAUUUUAGAGUUUUUGCAAGAAAACUCAGCAAAAAUAAAAUUUCCGCGACAAAAAGAUAUCAUUUUAAUGCUGGGAAACACUGGUGCCGGCAAAAGUUCUUUAACUUCAUUUUUAACUGGCUCAAAACUAGAAUCAAUUGAAACGCUAAAGGAUUCGGGUGAAUUUGUGCUGAUGGACGAAAAUGAGUUGAUAAGUCAAAAAUCCACAACAACGUCAAAAACCGUUGUACCAAACCUGAUGAUUGAUGAAACCAAUGGCUUAACAUUAUACGAUUGUCCCGGCUUUAGCGAUUCACGAGGUGUUACCAAUGAUAUUUCUGUUAGUCAUUUGAUUAAACAAUUGAUAAACAGCGCUGACGCAGUGAAACUUGUGUUCGUUGUAAGUUUUUCAUCAGUCCGAAACGGCGGCGAUCGACGUGAUUUUAUGGAAUUAAUGAAUCAUGCAAUGACUUUUGUCAAGGACAUACAAAAGUACCGAAAUGGAAUUGCUUUGAUUGUCACAAAAGUGGAUAAUCGUUACGUAAUCAAAAACGAAACACUUCGUUUAGUCGAUGACGAUAAGAUGAUCGCAACAAUUGCAUUGUUUUUAAAACAAGUGAAAAUUGAUUUGGAGAAUAAACACGGUGACAAUGUUUCAGCGGCAGAAAGAGAGUUGAACAAUAACAAAGUCAAAUUCAUCGAAACGUUAUUGCAAACGAAUAGACUAAAUAAAUAUACACGAAUUGGAAUUCUUCGUCUCGCCAAUCAAGCUGGAUCGGUUUCGAAUAUAUCAAUGCUGCAAAAUGAAAGAAAACAAAUCAUAUCGAUGAUUGAUCGCAAUCUUCGAUACGUGGAAAAGAAAAAUGAUGACUUUGGAUAUGCAAUCUCAGACCAGACAAAAAGUCAAAUUCAUGGAAUAAUAAUUGAAAUGCAGAAACGACUGACUGACGAUGUUUCCAUCAUUGGUGAAGAGAUUCAGCAAUUUUAUUCACAGCAAGCGAAACACACUUCAAAUAUAGAAAUGUUAAAGCGAAACGCACAUCGAGUGUUAUCACAACUGAAAAAUACGAAACUCAAAUCGUUUGCUAGUCAACUAACUAACGCACUGCACGAUUUGAACAUUAAAAUAUCGACCGAAAACUUGAACCGAUUAAAGCGUGACGUUGAAUCCGUCGAUUUUCUAAGAAUCAUUAGCAAAAUCAAAUUCUCCGACUCAUUUCACAUCUCCAAUGGACUAACACACACUUUACACUACCUUGAAACGCAAGAAGGAAAUGAUGCAUAAACCAUCAUAAUAUUGAACGCAAGCGACAUUAUAUGAACGAAAGGAAAGCUGCGAUAAAAAAAAAAAAAAAAAAAACAACUAAUUAACAAAUGAUUACAUGGAAGUGUGUAGGAAACGCUAAGUGUGCUAUCCUAUAAGAAUUGUAUAACAGCAUUAUUUGAUGCAGUGUGAUACAUUUUAAGUUGAAUUCAGCGAAUGUUGCUUUAUUUUUAGUCGAGAUAGUGUUUAGUGUUUAUCUUUAAUCCAAAUGCUAUCAAUUAUGAGGCAAAUAAUUAGCAAAGCAAAAGAAAAACACAGAAAUGAAAUCGAAAUUCACUCUCAGUGUUUCCUACUGUUUGCAUUCGUAUAUACUUUAAAGGAAAUAAUCUAGACGUUUUAUGUGGUUUUAGUAUGAUAGAAACAUUGAAUAAAUUUCAAAAGUGUUUUAAAAAAAACUUAUGUGUACACAUUUUAUUCUGUUGGUCUCGCGAACACAUCUCAUAACACUUUUGCUGAUUGUGCACAGUCGAAUUAUUUGAAAGCAUUAUUUACAGAUAAAACGCGUCAACUGUUUAUUUUCUUUUCAUAUGAUUCUGGGUAUUAAAUUCAGACGACUUUUACGAAAAAUGCCCACAUCGGUAUUAUUCGGUCUCCUUGUCGUACACACUUUUUGGAUGUCAGCAUUUGCCUGCCAAGUUUGAUCUGAAAAAUAUCCAGAGAUUGCUCUGUAUACAUCAGUCUUGUAUCGAUCGUCGACGAGUUGAGUUGAGUUGGUCGCUUGGCAUACCGCAGAAACAUUCAUCGAAAAAAGUGAAAGUUAAAGUGUUCUUUGUAAAAUAAUUUUGACUAUUCGUUAAUCGUCCCACAAUGGGUGGCAAAUCAAACGAAAAUCUAGAGCUGGCAUCCGAACCACUAGCAUAUGAUUCAGAACAAAAUGCAGUGGCGCAAAUUUUGGCAUUUGUCAAAUCGAAUGUCAAAAAAAUUAAAAUGUGUGAAAAAAAGAAAAUUGUGCUCGUGUUGGGAAAUACCGGUGCCGGUAAAACAACGCUCGUUUCCCUUAUAACAAAGUUCGAACUAAAUUCAAUACCAACUGUAGAAGAUUCCGGCGAAUACAUGAUUACCGAUGAAAGGCAUUUAAUCAGCGGCAUAUCCACAACAGUAUCCGAAACAAUGUGUCCAAAUUUGAUGGUUCACGAAACCACUGGCACACACUAUUAUGAUUGUCCGGGCUUCAAUGAUUCACGAGGUGUUGCAAAUGAUAUUUCGGUGUCUUAUUUCACUCGACAAUUGAUCGAAAGAGCCAGUGAAGUGAAAUUUGUGUUUGCAAUUAGAUAUUCAUCGGUUCAAAAUGGUGUCGGUGAACGACAUGAUUUCUUAGAUUUGGCAAAACAUGCGACGGUUUUCAUUAAAAACAUUGAUAAAUACAAAGAUGGCAUUGCAUUGAUCGUUACAAAGGUUGAGAAUCGUUAUGAAGACAAAAAUGGUCAACUUCAACUAGUGGACGAUGCAAAAAUAAUCGAAACAAUUGUAAUUUUUCUUGCACAAGUGAAAGCGGAUUUGAGCAAAAGAAAUAGCGAAGUUUCAUUGCCGCCAGAAGAGAAAGAGUUGAACGGAAGAAAAAUCCAAUUUCUUGAUAUUUUAUUGAAGCAAAACAGUCAAGGCCAAUUCGAAAGGAUCGCCAUUCUUCGUCUUGCAAAUAAAGCUGGGCCGGUGACAAGUAUGGAGAUACUUCAAGAUGAACGGCGAAACAUCAAAAAGUUGAAAAUAAAAUCCAUGAAUUGAUGGAAGAUAUGCAAUGCCACUUGAACGUUGAUAUAAAGCGUCUCGGCUAUGAAACCAAACAAUUCUACUUGGGACUGGAAAAUACUACUACUGUUGAUAUAAAUGUGUUGUUAGGCAAAUUAUCAGAUGCUCGAAAGAAACUACUACAAAUCAGUCAUCAUGAGUUGAAGAAGUUCGGAAAAGAAUUUGAGGAAAUGGCGGCGAAACUAAACAUCAACUUAUCGACCGAAUGCAAACGUAAAUAUGCAAACCAUAUUAAACUCUUUGAGUUCCUGCAGUCCGUCAGCAAUAUUGAUUUGUCGUAUUCAUUCCAUGUUUCGGAUGGGUUGAAAGAUUUAAAGGACUACCUUGAAAAGUCGUAUAGUUGGUAUAAUUUCCUAAUCGCGUUGCACGACAAUUUGUCGGCAUAUGAUGUACAAAAACAUAAAACCGAAUAUAUGCCGCGCAGUAAUGAAAUAAUAAAGUGUUGCGAGACUCAAACACGCCCGUUUUGGAAGAUCGAUGACAUCGAAUUGAAACAUUUUGCAAGAGAUGUUGGAUGUAAGGUACAAUACAAUGCUCUGGACAAUAUUCGUUUGAACCCCUACAAACUGAAUGCACUGAAGCUGGUUUUAGAACAGACAUUGAAAACCCGUCUUGAAAUCGAUUGUACACAAGUGGAUAAACUUGUGAUUAAAGGUUACAAUGUUAAAAUUAGCGACGUGAUCGAGAUGAAUCUGCCCAAAAUUCACAUUGAAGUUUUCGCACUGAAUAAUUUGUUUAUUGAUGUUGAUAUCAUCAAAACUGGCCAAGAUGCACAAGUUUCGCUUAUCGCACUGAAGUGGUUCAUCAUCGGUGAUCGUCAAAUCAACUUGAAUGGCAAAGAUGGAGAACCGUAUUUAGAAUCACCGGCAGAAACAAGCAAAGAUGGAAUACCAGGAAGACCAGGAGGUGCGGCUGGUAAUUUCUUUGGUAUCGGAAAGAAGUGCUUCUGUGACAAAAAUUUGAAAAUUUAUUUGAAUGGUGGAAAAGGUGGCCCAGGUCAAGCUGGAGCAAAAGGCGCGGAUGGAAUUAAAGGAGAACCAGCACCAACGCCAUCGUUUUUCAUGGUGAACCCAUGGGGAAAUAAAUACCAAAACGAUAGAAAAAUUCGCUUUGAUUUUGGGAUUUUCGGCAAACACAGCUAUGAUGUUGUUGGAAAAACUGGCACAGAACCAGGAGAUGGAGGAAAAGGCGGCCACGGGGGCUAUGGAAGCAAUGCUGGAAAAUACAAGAUUCUCUUUUUCGAUAGGGAACCGAAUUUUUCGAUUUCACAAGAGCCAGGUCACUGUGGAUGUGCCGGAAAAGGUGGGAAUGGCGGAAGCCCUGCAGAAAAUGACGUUGUUGAAGCUGAAUAUAUACAUGUUUUGUAUUUUCUCAAUUUUUUUUCGAACAUUUUAUCAAAAGGACCGAACAAUUUAACUAAAUCUGGUCAAAAUGGCGAAGAUGGCGGUAAUAGUAAAAAUAUGGAGCGACCAGUGCCACCAAAUUCAUUCCAUAACGAGAAGGUAGUGAAAGAAUACGUAGAUUGGCAUCUAAGAUGAAGAAUAAAGUUCAGGAAUCGGUUUUGAAUGAGUUCAUGAACGAAUUGAAAAAAGAUUCAGUUGCAUCAGCUUUUAAAAUGGUUAAAGAAGGUUUUAGGAAUUUGUUGAAACAUGGAAAUGAAGAGGAAGAGCAUUGUUCUACAUCUUCUUAUUAGAUUUUUUUUAUUUCAUUAUUUCCUGAUAUUUUAUCUGUUUGUCGUUUAUAUUAAUAAUAUCAGUAAUAUUGCACAAAACAGUUUGUUUUUGCCUUUUUGCUGUUAAUCUAAAAUGAAACUGACCAUUGCGUCAAUGAAAAUACACAAUAUUUGUUUCAGACAUUUUACAAUUCGAUCGGUCGAAGAAACUAUUUUUAAGAUUUUAUCAUCCAUUAUUUAUCUAGUUUAUUUCCAAUAUUGGUGGCGUAAUUUUCAAUCUAUUUUUUUUUUCAUUUAACGCCUAGUUUACAUUUUGACGAAAAUCUAUCGAAUAAUACUUACUAAGUAGCCUUUAAUAUGGAAGAAAAAGAUUUUUCGGAAGAUUUUUUUUUUGAAGUGUAGUAGUCUAGUGACUUGAAAUGAUAUUUUAGAAUUCAUCAAUGUGAAAAAUGUCAAUAAAACAAACAUAUUGAUUAAUCAUUUCAAAUAGUAUAAUCGAAAUAUGAACUGUAUAUCAUAAGUAUUGGAAUAAAAUGUAUGCCUUUACAAUUUGCUUUUUUUGCUCUUAGCCAA